AUGUACUUCAGUGCAGGUCCAGCUUCUACUAAUGGUAGUGGUGUAACUACCUCUGGUGGUGCUAGUGUUUACCCAAGUACUGAUGGUCAUGGAUCAGGUGCUACAGGAUCACCUGUUACAUUCACAAAUUCUGCAGGUGAAGCUUUGACUGGUCAUACAAGUGUUCAAUCUGUUACUGGAAAUGAUGGUUCAAUGUCUUCUCACACUGUCGUUGUCGUUCCAGGCUCUUCAUCAUCUGGUAUUUUCACUACAACUGGCUCAAAUGGUGACAUUGUUACUACUUCUGGAGCUUACUCUGUGGGUGGUACCACUGUUAGUUACUCAAAGGGUGCUGUUCAAGGUUCAACAAGUCCUGAAGGUAGUCUACCAACUGGAGCAGGUGGUAACCAAGGGUCUGCCGCUGCUAGUUAUUCCAAGGCUGCUAUUACAGGUACAGCUUCAGUCACAGGAGGUGUUGAUGCCACUGGUGCAGCUGUUGGAACCAAUUCUUUAAGAAAAUCACAAAUAAGUGGCGGUGUUACAGCUACUUCAGGUUUUGCUGGUGGUAAUACAUUAUCAACCUCAUCUAUUUCAGCUGGUGCUACUUCAGCCGUUGCUGGUGUUUCAACUUAUGAAGGUGGUGCUUCAUCCAACUUACAAUCAAAAGGGUUAUUCUUGUCUUUACUCUCUCUGGUUCUUUUCUUUGCUUUUUGA